AUGGCCACUGCUGUCACUAUUGGUCUCGGUGCACUUGCGGCCGGUCUUGCAGGCCGCCAUUUCUUACGUUCCGGUCGUGGAGCUGCGGAGCAGUGGGUGAAGGGAGGAUUCAGGGCGAAGAUGGACAGGAGGGAGGCAAUUCAAAUUCUGGGCUUGAAGGAUGGCCCGACACUCAACAAGCGCUUGAAGGAUGCUCACCGGCAAAUCAUGCUGGCAAACCAUCCGGACCGCGGCGGCUCGCCUUACCUUGCCAGCAAAAUCAACGAAGCGAAAGACUUGUUGGAGAGGGAGUCGAAGGGAAGGUCAUAA